AUGGGAAGUUGGAGACUACUGACACAGGUGGAUCUGGGAACAAGAUCUGAUACGGGUGGACCCAACAGAUCUCCAGUCACAGGCGUUCUUCCUUUCAUACGUGUUCCCCAGAACUGUCAGAGGUCCUACAACCUCAUGGCCUUUGACCCUGAUGGUGACCGUGUCAGAUGCAGAUAUGGAGUGGCCAGAGACACUGAGUGUGAUAUGUGUACCCAGCCCUCAGGCUUCUCCAUGGAUGAGCAACAACCACCACGCCCACCACCACCACCACCACCACCACUACAACCCGGCCCACCACCACCACUACAACCCGGCCAACCACCACCACCAUCACCACCACCCGGCCAACAACCACCACCACCACAACCACCACCACCACCCGGCCCACCACUACCACCCCCUGGCCAACCACCACCCGGCCCACCACCACUCCCACCACCACCACAACCACCACUCCCACUGCCAUCACCCCCUGGACAACCAACACCCGGCCCACCACCACCCCCUGGCCAACCACCACCCGGACCACCACCACCACCACCACCACCACCACCACUCGCACCACCACCACCCCCUGGCCAACCACCACCCGGCCCACCACCACCACCACUACCACCACUCCAACAACCACCACCCGGCCCACCACCACCACCACCACUCCCACUACCACCACCCCCUGGCCAACCACCACCCGGCCCACCACCACCACCACCACUCCAACAACCACCACCCGGCCCACCACCACCACCACUACCACCACCCCCUGGACAACCACCACCCGGCCCACCACCACCACCACCCCCCCUGGCCCCACCACCCGGCCCACCACCACCACCACUCCCACCACCACCCCCUGGCCAACCACCACCCGGCCCACCACCACCACCACCACCACUCGCACCACCACCACCCCCUGGCCAACCACCACCCGGCCCACCACCACCACCACCACUACCACUCCAACAACCACCACCCGGCCCACCACCACCACCACCACCACCACUCCCACUACCACCACCCCCUGGCCAACCACCACCCGGCCCACCACCACCCCCACCACCACCACCACCACCACCACCACCACCCCCUGGCCAACCACCACUCGGCCCACCACCACCACCACCACCACACCAACAACCACCACCCGGCCCACCACCACCACCACCACCACCACCACUCCCACUACCACCACCCCCUGGCCAACCACCACCCGGCCUACCACCACCACCACCACCACUCCAACAACCACCACCCGGCCCACCACCACCACCACCACCACUCCCACUACCACCACCCCCUGGCCAACCACCACCCGGCCCACCACCACCACCACCACCACCACCACCACUCCCACUACCACCACCCCCUGGCCAACCAACACCCGGCCCACCACCACCACCACCACCACCACCACUCCAACAACCACCACCCGGCCCACCACCACCACCACUCCCACUACCACCACCCCCUGGCCAACCACCACCUGGCCCACCACCACCCCCUGGCCAACCACCACCCGGCCCACCACUACCACCACCACUCCCACUACCACCACCCCCUGGCCAACCACCACCCGGCCCACCACCACCACCACUCCCACCACCCCCUGGCCAACCACCACCCGGCCCACCACCACUCCCACCACCAUCACCCCCUGGCCAACCACCACCCGGCCCACUACCACCACCACCACCACCCGGCCCACCACCACCACUCCCUGGCCAACCACCACCAGGCCCAACACCACUCCCACUACCAACACCCCCUGGCCAACCACCACCCGGCCCACCACCACCACUCCCACUACCACCACCCCCACCCCCUGGCUAA